UCUCUGCAGCUCAGUGAAGAUCAGCUCUGACGAUGAUGAUGAUGAUGAUAAAAUGUAGAAGGUUUUUAUUUGAACUUGUUUUGUUGUAGAUUAUAAUCCAGAUUGAGGAGGAUUUUUCUCUCAUCAUCUUUUUCUUCUUCUUCUGUUUCUUCUCCGUGAGGAUGAAAGCGUCGCGUUUUCACGCAGUGGACAAACUUCAUGUUUACAUUUAAAUGCUGACAGUUGUUUUUCUUUAAUCUUGGUUAUUUUUUGAGGACUGGAAUCCAGAUUAUGUUUUAAUCCUGAAUUGACUGACUGACUGACUUCAUCUUUUUCAUCUUUUUUAUUCCUUUAUAUUUUUCCCUCUUUUAAAAAGGAAUGUGUUUUCAGUCGUGACUCAGGCGGAUUACAGCUGAUUUUUCUCCCUCUCUCUCUCUGGAUUAUAUGCCCGUGUACAUGUGUGUGUUUGUGAAGGAGAGUCGUCACAGGUUUAUAUAAGCAGCAGCAGCAGCAGCAGCAGCAGCGCAGUCAUGUACGCAGGACGCAAGAGGAGAAAACCUGUGCAGAGAGCGGUGAAGCCGCCUCCAACUGAAGGGUCCAAAUCCAACCCGUCCAAGCGGCACAGGGACCGGCUGAACGGCGAGCUGGAGCGUCUGGCCAGUCUGCUGCCUUUUCCCGAGGAAGUGACCGCCAGUUUGGACAAGCUCUCCAUCCUGCGCCUGAGUGUCAGCUUCCUGCGGACCAAGAACUUCUUCUCUGUCACCCUGAACAGUCAGAACGGAGCGCCUCCAGCUGGUGGGAAUGAUGACAACAACAAAGCCACAGGAGGGUCGGAGACCAAGAUCCCCGAGGGCGAACUGUUGCUGCAGGCUCUCAACGGUUUCGUGCUGGUCAUCACCGCCAGUGGAACCAUCUUCUACUCCUCUCACACCAUCCAGGACUACUUAGGAUUCCAGCAGACCGACGUCAUGCACCAGAGUGUGUAUGAACUGGUCCACACCGAGGACCAGCAGGAGCUCAGGAGAAACUUGCACUGGGCUUUGAAUCCCCCUCCUCCUCCGCCUCCUCCUCCUGCUGCAGCUGCUGCUGCCAUUACCCAGCACUCUCCACAAGAGAUGGAAACUGACAGCAGCUCAUCUGUGGUCACCUAUAAACCCGAACAGCUUCCCCCGGAGAACUCGUCCUUCCUGGAGAGGACCUUUGUGUGUCGCUUUCGCUGCCUGCUGGACAACUCCUCCGGCUUCCUGGCUUUGAACAUCCAAGGCCGGCUCAAGUUUCUGCACGGACAGAACCAGCGGCAUGACAACGGCGGGAAGGCCCCGCCGCAGCUCGCCCUCUUUGCCAUCGCGACUCCUCUGCAACUCCCGUCCAUCCUGGAGAUCAGGUCCAAGAACAUGAUCUUCAGGACCAAACACAAGCUGGACUUCACACCCAUGGCCUGUGAUGCAAAGGGGAAGAUAGUAUUGGGGUACACAGAGGCUGAACUGCGGGUGCGGGGAUCUGGCUAUCAGUUCAUCCAUGCAGCAGAUAUGUUGUACUGUGCAGAGAACCAUGUCAGAAUGAUGAAGACUGGAGAGAGCGGUCUGACCGUUUUCAGGCUCCUCACCAAGGAGAACCGCUGGAAAUGGGUUCAGGCUAAUGCCAGGCUGGUGUACAAGAAUGGCAAACCAGACUACAUCAUUGCUACCCAGAGGCCUCUCUUGGAUGAAGAGGGUGGAGAACAUUUGCGUAAGCGGUCCAUGCAUCUACCCUUUACUCACGCUACCGGUGAGGCUACUCUGUACCAGUGCGCACAUCCCAUUGCAGGGUUUGGAGAUGGAGGCAUUGAUAAAAAUGGCAGUAAGUCAAAGAAGAGUCGGACUGAAAGGCUGAUCCAGAGUGGUCUGGACCCUGGCUCCCUCCUGGGUGCACUUAUGAGUCAGGAUGAGUCUGUGUAUGUUUGUCAGCCUGCACUGGAGCCCAAGAUGUCCUUCCAUAGUAGCUUCUUUGCAGAGCAAAUGGGCUUCUCUGACCCCGAACCCUCCAGUUUCCACAGGAGCUGGGAUGAACGAGGCAAUGGCGUGUUGGAUCCGAGCAUCACAGAGCGAAACUCAAGCUUUGAUCCACUGUUGGCUACACUGGAUUCCCUUUCCUUGGAAGGCCAAGUGGUUGGGGAUGGGGAACAGGGUGGUUGUUCAAACGGUGAGCUGUUUGGAGCUCUGGAGGGGUUAGGGCUGAGUGCUGAGGACCUGGAGCUGCUGCUGCUGGAUGAGCGGAUGAUCAGAGUUGAGAUGGACCCUGAACAUGUGCCCACCCUGGACGACCUGCUGACAAACGAUGAGAUCCUUUCAUAUAUCUACGACUCAAUAGAGGGAAGGAUUGAUUCCACAGAUCAUGAUGGAAAGGUGCCUGGUAGUAGUAUGGCCUCAGUGACAGCCACAACACUGUCACAUCCUGAAAGUAACCCCACCAAUGAAACUAAUGUUCAAAUGCAGUUUCCUCACCACAAGCCUCCUUUGCUGGGGCAGGCUCCGAUCGUCCAGCUGUCCCAGCAGAUGCAGCAGCACCUCAACAUGCGGACAAGAAAAGUGGCGCAUGACUGGGGCCAGCAGAGCGACCAUUUGGCUCACACAGUUGUUAGCGGAGAGCUGCUGGGGCAAAAUCCGCCUAUUUCUAAUGGACAAUGGUCAGCCCAAAACAGUUUAGCCAAUGUAGGGAUACGACUGGAUCAUUGUAACACCACGCAGACUGUUUUUAACGGUAAGGCCUCAGAGUUGGGCGGUGAGGGUCAUCAACAGCUCAAACAUCAGCACUACCUUCAGCAGCAGCAGCAGCAGCAGCAGCUCUCACGGCAGUGUCAUGCCAAGCAGAAGGCGGUCAACAUCAAUGGAAUGUGUGGCAAAUCCCAGUGGCAGGACUAUGGAUUCAGCGAGAGUCUGGGCAGAAACCCUUGCCUUGACAACAGGCAAAAAUCUCUUACAAACUCCUCACUGGAUUCCUGCAUGGAUUAUGGUAUGGCUGGGAUUAAAAACACAGAUUACACCUUCAGUGGAAGUGGUUCAUUUAGCGGGAACAGGCAACAGCACGGCUCCGAGUCCAUGAUUCCGUCCUUCCAGGGGAUGAACCACAAACAGCAGCAGGAGCAGAUCCCCGUUCCUUUGGCCCAGGUCAUCUCCGAACUCUCACAGUGUCCUCCACCCAACAACUCCCUGGAGCAGAUCCUCGGAGUGAGCAAGCCCUGCCGGCAACUAGACCAUUACGGCAUGGUAACCUCAGAGAUCCCUCACGAUCCCAAUCAUAGCAAGAUGGAGAACGGCUGCAUCCUGAAUGGCCCCUACCCUGGAGCCUGUGCUCUGCCUAAUGGAAAUGGGAAUGGAAAUGGAGCAGUGCCCUCUACUGUCCAAAUACCAGGCCCUGAGACUUUGCCCGGCCUCCUCGACCAACCAGCAACCGGCUUCUACCUCUGAUCGACUGACCGGGAUCAGUCGAGACUGGACCAGCCUUAUGAAACUAGAAACCAUGACAAACAAAACUGAAUAAACGUAGGCCUAUUUCCUUUUUCUUUUCUUUUUCUUCUUUCCUUUUUGCAGGAGAAGGUGAGUCACAUUAUCACACGAGUCUUUUGUUUACAAUAAUGCAGUGAAGAGUGAACAGAGAGGGUGAAGCUGAGUUCAGUUACAAGGCAGAGCACAAAUUAGACGUCAGAUUAGAGGCAGCUGUGAUUUUUGGAUGUUUUUGAGACUUUAUUUACUAUUUCAUUGUCUUAACGAUUGAGCUACAAGUUAUGAUUCAUUUGUCUCAUGGUCGAUAAAGGAAUAAGUUGAUCAACAUGAUUUUAAGCUGAAUUUAAAUCCUCAAAACUCAGGAAUUGGGUAUUUUAUUUGUCUUAUACUAAAGUCAGUAUAAUAUCUUUGAGUUUUACACCAUUGGUUGGACAGAAAAAUAUAACUUGAAAGAAAGAAAACCAAAUUUCCUGGCAUUAAACUGAUUUAGAAAUCAAUUUUCUUUGUGGAAAAAGUCAAUAAGCAAGCACUAAAUCUGCUUUAUCUGCUUUUAGGUGUUUUUCCUAAUCAGAUAUAUUCUGAAUUUGCUUUGCUUUGUAUCUGAAUGCACAGCACAACACUUCAUCCCCGUCUGUGUCAAUCCAGGUUUUUGGGAUUAUUUUAUUUCUUUUUUUUGUCAUGCAACAAGAAUGUAAUCUGUUACUGUUCGGUGGUUUACCUUGUUGAAGAGAUCUAUUCGUCAACAAUGAGAUUAUUUCAUAAAUGUUGAAAAUGACGGCUAGAAAUAUCCUGCACUUUAUUUCAAGCACCAACGUAAUGCAUACGUAUAGUCAGGGCACCGUGUUUGUACUUUGUUUGUUGUUUAUCUUUUAAGUUGGACAUUUAUUUUUUUAAUUUCCUACGUUGAGGUACAUUGAAGGUUGUACAUUCAUGUCCUCACAAGCACAAAACUCCUGGACAACGCUAGAGUCACCGUUUUUAUCUUUUGUCCUCUUGACUUUGGUGAUAACGUCGAAAGUCUUGGACGUCUGGAUUUCUUUAUGAUUAUAUUUUUUAUUAUUUUUUAAUAGAAGAAGUCACCUAGUUUUAAAUUUACUGUAUUUAUUUAUGUCCGACAGCAAGUUAACAAUCUGGAUUGUUUUGAGGUUAAUGUGUGAAGCAUGUUUUUGUACAAAAUUAAAAAUUAGUAAGAAUAUUCCACCAUUUUUUCUGGCUUAGCAGUGGUUGCAAUUGUUCUCCUGGGGAAAACCAACAAACCUUUUGUGAACUAACAGUGAACCCAGAACUCAAAUUACAGGAAUAAAUUAAAGCUUUUUAUUUGUUCACACUAAAAACAAAUCAGUCAAAAUUGCUUAAAUUGGUCACACAGAUUUUAUUGUAUUUGUCAAAAUUUCAUAUAAUUUGUCAACUUUAGUUUGAAUUUUUGUUACCAAUUUAAGUAUUUUUUUUAAGUUUGCACUGCUCUUUUUAAAGUAAAUCAAAACCCAAAGCCAUGGCCAGUUUUAUUUGAUUUAGUUUUUUGUACACUAUAAAAAACAUCGGUAAUAACAAAUUAAAUAUACAUCAAAUGAUAAUUAUGUUUCAAAAGGUAAGUUAUAUGAACUCAAACAUACUAUACUUACUUUAAUUUGAAUGAACAGAAUUACCAAUUUAAGAUAUUUUUUUUUAAAGUGAAUCCAAACCCAAAACCAGACAAUUAACUCUGAUAUUUUUCAGAGGGAGUGAAAACUCGUAGAAAACGCAAACCUUCUCAUACAUUUUGUUGUGUUUGUUGGUAAACAAAUCAUAUUUCCAACACGUUAGACUUUUCUGUCUAAAGUAGAAAACAAUAUUAUUUUUUUUUAUAAUCUCAGUAAUUUCAAGUACAGAAUGAUAAACACUGAAAGAAACCAAAUGUGAGCGUAAGAAAGAGCGCCCCCUACAGGAAGGACGCAGCUCUGAAUGUUUCUUGUACAUAGUGAAAUGAUGCAGGGUAGAAAAACUUCACCAAGAAAUGAAAACGCUGAAAAGAGAUUCUCCAUUUUACUGUUGGUAUGAAUUAUUAUUAUUGUUAUUAUUGUUUAAAAUGUGACACACAUGGUUCCAUGUCGGUCAAAUUGUUUUUUUUCCUUUCAUUUAAAUGUUCCAUUGUAUGGCAGAAAUAUUUGCUGUAUUUAAUAUGGUUGAUGUGACUCAUUAACAGUGUGGGCAGGUGGGGGGGAAGAUAAGGUCGUACAGGUUUGUACAUAGUUUUACGUCGAGUCACUCGUUCCCAGCACUAUUUUUUAAAAUCAUACUUAUCAAACUCUUUCUUUUUACUUUUAAAUUGUAAAUAGUGUACUCAUCACAGGAAAACACUGGACUCUAUGACAGCCUGAAAAAUGGUGCCAUACGACUGGGACGACUUGUUGAAAAGACAGUUUUGUUUUUUUGUUAUUUCUGCUUAGCCACAGUGAUGCUAACGUGCUAACAGGACAAGGUGUAGAUGUUGUAGAUUUGACCCCGUGUCCUUCGACUGCUUGUUUCAAAUGUAUAA